CUAUCACUGUCAUGUGUAUCCUUACCCCAAUAACACGGAGGAGCGCAGGGCCGUCGUCGAAGGGCUGAAUGUUCGUAUCCAGGAUCUUCACACUGUGCUGCAUAAAACUGAGGAUUACUUACGCCAAGUGUUGUGUAAAGCAUCUGAAUCCAUCUACACGUGGGUUAUCCAAGUGAAGAAGAUGAAAGCCAUUUAUCAUGUGCUCAACCUGUGCAGUUUUGAUGUCACAAAUAAAUGUUUAAUUGCUGAAGUUUGGUGUCCAGUGGCUGAUCUGCAAAACUUGCGCCAGGCGUUGGAGGAAGGUUCAAGGAAGAGUGGAGCUACAGUUUCUUCAUUCAUGAACACCAUCCCAACAACACAACCUCCUCCAACUUUGAUACGUACCAAUAAAUUCACCUCAGGGUUCCAAAACAUUGUUGAUGCUUAUGGAAUUGGAAACUAUGGAGAAGUUAAUCCAGCUCUCUAUACCAUCAUCACCUUUCCCUUCCUGUUUGCUGUUAUGUUUGGAGACCUUGGGCAUGGGCUACUCAUGUUCAUAUUUGCACUCCUGACAAUAUUGUAUGAAAACCACCCGAAAUUACAAAGAUCACAAGAUGAGAUAAUGAAAAUGUUAUUUGAAGGCCGAUACGUUAUUUUAUUAAUGGGCCUGUUUUCUGUAUACACUGGAUUGAUCUAUAAUGACUGUUUUUCAAAGUCAUUAAAUAUAUUUGGUUCUGGAUGGAAUGUUUCAGCGAUGUUUGAACAGAAGGUUUGGAGUUCUAAGGUUCUGGAGGAUAAUCCAUUUUUAACUCUGGAUCCAAAUGUUACUGGUGUGUACAAUGGAGCUUAUCCCUUUGGAAUUGAUCCGAUAUGGAACCUGGCAAGCAACCGUCUCAGUUUUUUAAACUCUUUCAAAAUGAAAAUGUCUGUGAUUUUUGGAGUGACUCACAUGACGUUUGGAGUUGUGUUGGGGGUAUUUAACCACUUGCAUUUCAAGAAGAAGUAUAAUAUUUAUUUGGUAUUUCUUCCUGAACUUUUAUUCUUGAUGUGCAUCUUUGGCUACCUGGUGUUUAUGAUCUUUUUUAAAUGGCUCGCGUACUCUGCAGAGGACUCCACGUCAGCUCCUAGUAUCCUGAUUCACUUUAUUAACAUGUUCCUGUUCACUGGUGGUGAAACAGAGCUCUUCUACACUGGCCAGGUUGCCCUGCAGAAGUUUUUACUUAGUAUUGCUUUUCUUUCUGUCCCUGUACUGCUUUUUGGUAAACCACUUUAUUUAUAUUGGUUGCACGGUGGAGGCCAAGGCAUGAGAAUGUCCAGGGGUGGCUACAAGCUCAUUCGGAAAGAAAGUGAAGAAGAACUUUCUCUGCUGAGAUGUCAUGAUGUAGAAGAAGGAAGCAGUCAUUUGGAUAGUGGCCACAGAGAGGGGGAUGGAGAGGAGUUUAAUUUUGCAGAUGUUUUUAUGAAUCAAGCAAUUCACACCAUUGAAUAUUGUCUAGGAUGUAUUUCUAAUACAGCCUCAUAUCUGAGACUCUGGGCAUUAAGUCUUGCUCAUGCACAGUUAUCAGAAGUUCUGUGGCAAAUGGUGAUGAGAGUGGGUCUUCGUGUGGAUACAACAUACGGUGUCUUACUGCUGGCCCCUCUUCUAGCUGUUUUUGCUGUGCUAACAGUUUUUAUUCUUUUAGUUAUGGAGGGGCUUUCUGCUUUUCUCCAUGCUAUACGACUUCACUGGGUGGAAUUUCAGAACAAAUUCUACUCUGGUGGAGGAUACAAGUUUACGCCUUUCUCUUUCAAGCAUAUUUCUUUACAUUUUAAUAAAGAUAAUAUGGCAUAGUUUGGCUGCUGUCAGCAGAAAUGUUUGGAAUUGUCUGCAAGUAAUCAUGUGAUUGGAUCUCGCCUAUGAAUGGUUUCUUGUAGGACAAAGUGUUUUUCACUGAUUGCCUUAUAAUGCAGCCAAAUAAACCUGUAACAUAUACCUCCCACAGAAAUACACAGAAGAUCUGGAGCAUCUUGUAAAGUAGAUAGAUAAGAAAUGUACAUUUUUCUUGAUAAGCUAAUGUUGUAAAUGAAUUUUAUUC